AUGUCCCUGCACUGCACACCAGGCGGGCACACGAUCGGGGUAGGGCACCGCAACCUGUUCAGCUCGAGGCUCUUCAACUUCACCGGCAAGGACAACCCCAGCGACGUCGACCCCUCCCUCAACCGAACCUACGCCAAAUUCCUCCAGCUACUCCUCCUCCUGUAUAAUCUCUAUCCAGGUCAGUGCCGGCGUAACCUCCAGGACCUGAACGACAACACGACGGUGGUGCUCAUGGACCCCGGCAGCAGCCUCUCCUUCAACAACCACUACUCCGUCAACCUCAAGGCGCACCAGGGCAUGUUCACCUCCGACGCCGCGCUGCUCACCAACGCCCGCGCCGCCAACAUCGUCGACAAGCUGCAGGACCCCGGCGUCUUCUUCGACAGCUUCAAGAACUCCAUCAAGCGCAUGGGACAGAUCGGCGUGCUCACCGGCGCCAACGGCCAGAUUAGGAAUAAAUGCAACGUCGUCAACUCCUAG